AUGGUUGUUCUUUGUAUCUCACUUCUGAUUGUGAUCAGCGUGUCGAACUUUCAGCCUUGUCUUGGUCGCCACCUCGAACGAUAUAGCACUUCAUCGUUUAGAGACCUAAGCAAGUACGCCAUUAUAUUUGAUGCAGGCUCCAGCAAAACAAAGAUGGAGAUUUACAAGAUCGAUGUUGCUUCGCCCCCACUGGACGUAUCAGAUGUGCACAAAUUGAAACCCAUCCCCAGUAAGGUCAAACCAGGCAUUGGUAAACUUGCCGCCCAUCCUUGGAAAGUUGAAGGCUAUCUAAAGCCCUUACUGGACUCAGCGAUGAAGGCCAUACCAGUGGAAAAACACUCAACCACACCGAUUUUCUUCCUUGCCACGGCAGGAAUGAGACUGUUAAGCGAGGAUCAAUCGUCGUCGAUCAUUAACCAAGUAAAAAUACUUUUUAAUGAUAAACUAAAAUGCCCAUUUAUGUUUGACCCAAUCGAUGUCAGAGUUAUAUCGGGGGCAUUCGAGGGAAUAUAUGCAUGGAUUUCAGUGAACUUCUUGGAGGGAAAUUUUAUUCCUAAAAGAGCCGGUUCCACAUACGGAAUUUUAGAUCUUGGCGGGGCUUCCCAUCAAAAUACAUUUAAUACCAGUGACGAGAAAAGAAAAGAUCUGUACGUAUUGAAUGUGGGAGGGAAGCAAUACGAUCUUUUUGCGAGAAGCUAUCUUGGGUUUGGUUUGAAUGAAGCUCGAAAUAGAUAUCUGUUAAGACUAUCACAGGGGCCUUUACCAAAUAAUGAACUUCUCAGUCCUUGUCAUCACAAAGGUUACCGUGUAGGAACGACUAUCAAUGGUAAAAAAUUUAUUGUUGUGGGAACUGCCAGUGUUUCAAACUGUAGGUUACUUAUUGACAAAACGUUUUUCUGCAAGGACAGAGCUUGCCCGUUUCAUGAUCAACCCAAGCUACACGGGAGGUUCUUUGGUUUCUCUGGAAUAUACUAUUCAGCUAUCACCAUCGGAAUAUUAGAUCCAAAAACUUCUAAACCCCUAACACCAGCCAUGUUCGAUAAGGGAUCGCGAAAUUUCUGCUCUAAAGAUUUCGAGAGCAUCAAAGUGAACCCAUAUGCUAAAACCUACUGCUUCGGCAGCAAUUUUGUGUAUGAGCUUCUGACAAAAGGCUACGGUCUACCUGCUAACAAAGCGAUCAUGGUUGGUAACAAGCUAAAGGGGUUUGACCUGGGUUGGACUCUGGGUGCUGUUCUUUACAAUUCAGGAAUGUUGUAA